ACAGCAGGAGGUGGCAUUCAAAGGCAGCAGCAUUAACCACUAUGCCAUCUACUGCUCCUAUUUCUCCUUCUGCUAGGCUCAUGGCCAGGUGAGGUCAUUGUAAGUCACAGGAGGUGAGGUGUCAGUGAAGAGCAGUGUGUGCUCUACGGGUAAAGUACCCUUUGGUGUAAAGACUGUGAACGGCCCGGUGCUGCUGCGGCCCGGAGGUCUGGAUGUCCCAGCGCUAAGCAGGUCCCUAAUCCUGCCAGACGGGCUGUGCGCUGAUCAGCUCUGACGGGGUGAUGGAGGGCGGUGAGCGGGCAUGUGUGUCACAUGCAGAACAGGGAGGACGCAUCUCUUCAGCACCGAUCUUUUCGGUACGCUGCAUUCGGCCGGAGAGGCACAGGAAGCAAUUCAAAAAGUCCACGCUUUCCUCUGGAGGUGUUACAGGCACAGCUACGCAGCAUUCGUACAAGAGCCUUCUCAUCGGUGAUCUUCAGCAGCCCGACAGCUCCAACAAACGUGUGUUGGAACGAGUGUCUGAGGGGGGGGUAUCAGAUAAGCUGAGCCUGGGGCAGCGAACGUGACCACCAGGGGGUGGGGCCACCAUGAACCUUGAGCCGCUGGAGUCUGAUGAGGGUUCUGGGCAGGAUGACUCGGACUUCAACUGGGACGAGUACCUGGAAGAGUGCGGCGCGUCGGCUGUUCCACACCAUGCCUUCAAGCACGUGGACCUGAGCUUGCAGACUGGCCUCACCCCGGGGAUGAAGCUAGAGGUGUGUGUACGGGGCGAGCCAGAGGGUACCUAUUGGGUGGCCAACAUCAUAACCACCUGCGGCCAGUUGCUUCUGCUACGCUACGAGGGUUACCAUGACGAUCGACGAGCAGACUUCUGGUGCGACAUCAUGACUGCUGACUUGCACCCCGUUGGGUGGGGCAAGCAGCAGGGGCGAAUUAUGAGACCCCCAGAAGGUGUGCGAGAGAGGCGUGAGGACUGGGAGGCCCUCCUGGAGAAGGUCCUGUCAGAGGGCUGCAGUGCUCCAGCCAACUUGCUAGAGGGGCCCCACCGGGGGAAGAAUCCACUGGAUCUGUUGUGCCCAGGGUCAAGUGUGGAGCUCCAGGACAGCGAGGACCCAGGAUUAGCCUGGGGAGCUGUGAUCAAGGAGAAUGUGGGGGGACGCCUGCGCCUAGUGUACUCUGGCGCUGAGGGACUGCCCCAAAUGUAUGCCCAGCGCUGGGUCUUCUACUUGCACCCCUUCUUACACCCUCCUGGCUGGGCAAUAGAGAACGGCUGUACCCUGACCCCCCCUGCUGUGCUACGUGGACUGCGCAGUGAGGAGGAGUGGAAUGAGGUUCGACAAAGGAUUGGCGCACAACCACCAGACGGAGCCGUCACCAACGAGUUGUUCAAGGAGAAGCCGACCAUCUCUGCUCACUGCUUCACUGAAGGAAUGAAACUGGAAGCUGUCAAUCCUGCUGCACCCUUCUCCAUCAGUCCUGCCACAGUCACCAAGGUAUUCAGUGACCAGUACUUCCUGGUGGAGAUGGACGUCCAGGGCUGUGUGGCAGCUGGUCCCUCCUUCGUUUGCCAUCGUGACAGUGCCGGAAUCUUCCCGACACAGUGGAGCUUGAAGAAUGGGGUGCAGCUGAGCCCCCCUCCAGGGUACCAGGGCCAGGACUUUGACUGGGCUGACUACUUGAAGCAGUGUGGGGCAGAAGCGGCACCACAGCACUGCUUUCCUCCAGAGCAGCCAGAUCAUGAAUUCAUGGAGUCGAUGAAGCUAGAAGCAGCGAACCCGCUGUCCCCCGAGCACAUCCACGUGGCCACGGUGAUCAGGGUCAGGGGUCAGCACAUCUGGCUGCAUUUAGAAGGUGUGAAGCAGCCUGUCCCAGACAUUAUUGUCCACAUUGACUCCAUGGACAUCUUUCCUGUCAGCUGGUGCGAAACUAACGGCUAUUCCCUUCGAUACCCCACCAAACCUCAAGUUCAGAAGCAGAGGCGAGUUGCAGUGGUUCAGCCAGAAAAGCAUAACAGAACUCCGACCAGGGCCACACUGCCUGAAGCACUGAAACAGCAGGAGAACAUCCAGUCAGAGACUGGACAAGGCAAUGGAAAGUACUCUUGCCCCAAGAUCUACUUCAACCACCGCUGCUUCUCUGGGCCUUACCUGAACAAGGGGCGCAUCGCAGAGCUACCCCAGUGUGUUGGGCCUGGCAGUUGUGUCCUGGUCUUAAAGGAGGUGCUGACACUCCUCAUCAACGCAGCCUACAAGCCCAGCCGUGUCCUUCGAGAGCUGCAGCUGGAUGAGGAGUCUCGCUGGCAGGGUCACGGAGAGACACUGAAGGCGAAAUACAAGGGGAAGAGCUAUCGAGCCACUGUGGAGGUUGUGCGGACAGCGGACCAGGUGGCAGAGUUCUGUAGGAAGACCUGCAUCAGGCUGGAGUGCUGCCCCAAUCUGUUUGGACCGCGCAUGGUUCUGGGCCGCUGCUCGGAGAAUUGUUCUGUGCUCACAAAGACCAAAUACACUCAUUACUAUGGUAAGAAGAAGAGCAAGCGGAUUGGGAGGCCCCCAGGAGGACACACUAACCUAGAGAGUGGGGUGAGGAAAGUGGGGAAAAGGAGGAAAAGGAAGAAGCACUUCUUUGUGCACAAAAAGAAGCGCUCAAACUCACUGGACAACACACCUGCUGGCUCACCUCAGGGCAGUGGUGAGGAGGAAGACCUUGAUGAAGAUGAUUCUCUGAGUGAGGACUCUGGCUCAGAGCUGCAGGAUGAGCUGCUUGAUGAUUCUGAGCACUCAGAGAGGAAAUCUCAGCCUCCCUCACCUACCCACAAUGAGAGUCCCCGAACUCGUCGCAGACGUAAACGCAAGACCCGAUCUUCCUCUUACUCUGAUGACGAAAACCAGCCCCCUUCCCCAAAGGGACAACGUGUGGAAGUGCCAGAGAAGUUGCAGUUGGACACCAGCCCACUUGAAUGGAGUGUAGCUGAUGUAGUGCACUUCAUCAGGACCACAGACUGUGCACCGUUGGCACGCAUCUUCUUAGAUCAGGAGAUUGACGGUCAGGCCCUGCUUCUCUUGACUCUGCCAACAGUUCAGGAGUGCAUGGGCCUUAAACUGGGCCCAGCUGUCAAGCUGUGCCAUCACAUUGAAAGGGUCAAGCUGGCAUUUUACCAGCAAUUUGCCAGCUGAGGUCACUUGAAAGACUGUGUGGAGCAGAUCAGCCACCCAGCAACUGGAUGGGUCUAUAAGCUCCAGUACCAACUACACACUAUUAAAAUUGGAACUGGUGGGACUUCCAUUACUUAAGUUCUUCCUGUUGUUUCAUUUUAUUUUUUUUAUUUUUUUUUUUCCUUUAGCCGGGCACUGGCAACCAUAUGGUAUUUGUACAUUGUGGCAUGGAGGCUGUUCUUUGUGUAGGAAGCAAGAACAGCUGAUGACUUUUAAUAAGUUGUCAAAUUUUUAAAGUUUGUGCAAGCACUAUGGGUGUGUACCUGCUGUUUGAUUAAUGGUAUGUUUAAUUAGCUUUGAAGUGUGAAAAAUAAAUGCGGUGCAAAAAGCUAAGCACAGAAAGAAUGAAACUAAGACAGGAAAGAUGCUCUCGAAAAGGGACAAUUUUUUUUCUUUAAUUUUCAGGGUAUAAUUAUUCAUUCGAUAUGCAUUUCUUUUUGUUGCUGUACAUGUAAGGGGCUCUGCAAUGGCACAGUGUUUUUGUUGAAACCUGAACUUGAUCAGAUUUUUCUGCAAUUUCACACAUUUUUUGAUAAAUUCACUGUUGGCAUUGUGCCAACAGUAGGUUAUCAGGGUACACAGAAUGUUCAGUUUUGCUUAGCGCUGAGCAGUGGGACAUCUAGUGUUGAAUAUUUAAACAUUCAUAGCCUUUCCCGUCGUUUUGCCUUAUGUUGCGAAAUACGAUCAGUAAAAAAAUAUUUCAAGGAGGUUCAGGUAUUUUUUUCAACUAUGGAUACGGAUAACUUUUGAACAAACCUACUUGAACUUAGUACAAAGUGAAUGACUUUCAGAUUGCAAUGCAUUUUUAAUUAUAUAAUCUGACUGGUGAACAAGUUCUGUUUGACGUUCUUUAAAAUGCCUUGUUAUUAAUAUGAACAGACGAAAA